AUGCCUAUCGAAUUUGUUUGCAAAAUCAAAUUUGCAGAGGAGGAUGAGAAGCAGAAAAGCAAACAGGAUGGGGACAAGGAGAGCCUGAUCGAGGAGAGCUGCACGCCUCCAGCCAAGGACUUGGCCGGGUUUGCUAACUCCUGCUCCCUCCAUGGGAUUAACCACAUCUUUGUGUCCGGUCGCCUGGGCAUCCGGCAGACUCUCUGGGCUCUCGCCUUUUUGACUUCCCUGGCACUGUUUCUGUACCAUGCAGCUAAGUGUGCCAUCUCUUACCUGGAGCACCCUCAUGUCACAGCUCUCAACGAGGAGGCAAGCCCCGAGAUGGUUUUCCCCGCUGUGACCAUCUGCAACAUCAACCGCUUUCGCUUCUCCGCACUCACUGAUGCCGACAUCUACCACCUGGCAAACUUCACAGGUCUGCCCCCCAAAAACCGGGAUGGGCACAAACCCACUGAUUUAAUGUAUCCUGCCCCUGAUAUGCAGGACAUCUUCAACAGGACGGGACAUCAGCUAGAAGAGAUGCUCAUGAGCUGCAAUUUCAGCGGACAGAACUGCUCGGCCGAGGACUUCUCCGUGGUUUACACCAGAUAUGGGAAAUGCUACACUUUUAAUGGCAACAAAAGCACAUCCAGGAAAAGCAAGCAGGGUGGAAUGGGAAAUGGUCUGGAGAUCAUGCUGGAUAUACAGCAGGAUGAGUAUCUGCCCAUCUGGAGAGAGACAAAUGAGACGUCCCUGGAGGCCGGCAUACGAGUUCAGAUCCACAGUCAAGACGAGCCUCCCUACAUCCACCAGCUGGGCUUCGGCGUCUCUCCGGGCUUCCAGACCUUUGUUUCAUGUCAGGAGCAGAGGCUGACCUACCUGCCCCAGCCCUGGGGGAACUGCCGCUCCACCAGCAAGGAGAAGUUCCCGGGAUACGACACGUACAGCAUCAGCGCCUGUCGCCUGCUCUGCGAGACCAACGAGGUUGUGCGAGUGUGCAACUGCAGAAUGGUGCACAUGCCUGGAACCGCAGAUAUCUGCCCGCCCAGUAAAAUCUACUGUGUUGACAAAGCACUCGCACAGCAACAGAAGAGCACGGGGGAAAGCUGUCCAUGCGAGACGCCCUGUAAUCUCACCCGUUACGGUAAAGAGCUCUCCAUGGUUAAAAUCCCCAGCAAGGGCUCGGCUCGCUAUCUCUCCAGGAAAUACGACAAGACGGAGGACUACAUCAGAGACAACUUCCUGGUCUUGGACAUCUUCUUUGAAGCGCUGAACUAUGAAACAAUUGAGCAGAAGAAAGCCUACGAUGUUGCAGGUUUAUUAGGUGACAUCGGGGGCCAGAUGGGCUUAUUCAUCGGAGCCAGCAUCCUGACAAUCUUAGAAAUCCUGGAUUAUAUAUACGAGGGGAUGAAGCAGCGGCUACGGCGUCUGCUGCGGCCGCCGAAAGAGGAGAAGAAGAGCAAGCCGCCGACCAGCACAGUAGCAACAGUGGGCCUGGAGGAAAUGAAAGCGAAGGAGCCUCAUGACGUGACUCGGACUCACCCGGAGGGGGCGUACGCCAACACGAUUCUCCCCAAUCACCACGUCCCUCACCACCAUCACACUGGACACCACGGCGUGUUUGAGGACUUCGCUUGCUAGAGCCACAACCACCGUUCCCAGUCCUGGUGACAACAAAAGAUAUGAGCUGCCUGUGAGAUUCAUCACAGAGCCUCGGCGUCUUCUCCCCUCCUUUGCUGUCACCGGUGAAGAGCUACAGCCAAAGUCAGACAGCCGAGCUGUGCUGCUAACAAACCACUUGUAUGUGCAGUAUGUAGGCACAAAAUGGACACAGCUUUUUUUUUCUGUCCUCUCUUUCUUUCUCUCCGUCUCUCUCCCUCUCCGUCUCUGGAUGGGACCCCUCUCAGCGUUGUCCUGCUUCACGUAAGAAGUCCAGGGGAUUCGGGAUUUCAGGACCAAGUUUCAGUACAUGAUCACUUCAAGGGAACAAGCGGAGGACUG